ACUGGUAAGUUUAGGCGGGGGGACGCGUGACGGCGUUAUUGUUGCAUCUCCGUAAUAUUUUUUCCUUCUUUCUUGUGUUCGUCGCUUUGUUCGUGUCUCCUUGUCGAAGACAGGCGUAACGGUGUAUUGGACGAUGCUUUGAAGUCACCGAGUUCUAAGGUCAGAAACUUUGAUUGAGCUUUGGUUGCGCGAGAUCUUCAGUUUCCUUUCCGGGGGAAAUCACUGCAAAGAAGAGGGUGAAUAUAAUUAGUAUAAAUCGAGAAAAAUCUAAGCAAAAUGAAGAUGACGAUGGCUGGUUUGUAUAAACGAGUUCUUCCUUCUCCACCCGCCGUCGAAUUCGCUUCCUUCGAUGGAAAGCAACUUUUCAUCGAAGCUAUUCAAAACGGGACGAUGGAAGGGUUUUAUAGGUUGAUAUCUUACUUUCAAACACAAUCAGAGCCAGCUUACUGUGGACUAGCCAGUCUUUCAAUGGUCUUGAAUGCCCUUGCUAUUGACCCUGGCAGAAAAUGGAAGGGACCUUGGAGGUGGUUUGAUGAAUCUAUGCUUGAUUGUUGUGAGCUUUUGGAAAAGGUUAAAGAGAAAGGAAUAUCAUUUGGCGAGCUUGUGUGUUUGGCUCAUUGCGCUGGAGCAAAAGUUGAAGCUUUCCGCACAAAUAAAAGCACCUUGGAUGACUUCCGUAAAUUUGUUGUGAGAUGUUCCACUUCUGAUGAGUGUCAUAUAAUUUCAUCGUAUCACAUGUCAAUUUUUAAACAGACGGGCACUGGUCAUUUUUCUCCUAUUGGUGGUUAUCAUGCUGGAAGGGACAUGGCCCUGAUUUUAGAUGUUGCUUGUUUUAAGUAUCCUCCUCAUUGGGUUCCUCUGAAACUUCUUUGGGAAGCCAUGGAAAAUGUUGAUGAAGCAACAGGGCAACAUGUUUACAGUUUUAUUUGGUACAAGUGUGUCUCUUCUGGAUGGCUGAUCCAUGUGCUUGGUACUAUUUGUGUGCUGAUGUUUAGCAUAGUUGCUAUCCCUUUUCUGAUGAUGGAUUGUCUGUUCUUUACGCAGAGCUGUAAGCAUGAAAGUUGGGUCAAAGUUGCAAAGUAUUUAAUGGAUGAUGUUCCUAAUCUUGUGAAGUCGGAUGAUGUGAAAGAUGUGAAAAAGGUUAUCUCAGUUGUUUUCUCAUCACUUCCAUCAAAAUUUGAGGAGUUCAUCAAGUGGAUUGGAGAAGUUAGGAGAAGAGAAGAUGGUGAUCAAAACCUUAGCCUAGAGGAGAAAGGAAGGCUUUCUCUAAAGGAAGCUGUGUUGAAACAAGUGCAGGAAACUGGUCUUUUUGAACAUGUUGUAGAAUUUUUAUCAUCAGUGACUUUAUGCUGCAGAAAUGCACCAGCUGUAAGUCACGGAAAUAAUCUGCCCAACAUUGCCGCGACAGUUUGUUGCCAAGGCGCAGAACUUUUGGCUGGGAAGUUUGGUUCCCCAGAGAGGUAUUGCUGUCGUGAAACAUGUAUUACAAGCUUGAAGGCUAACGGUGACAAGCCUAUUACAUUGGUGUCUGGGACAGUUGUAAAUGGUAUCUCUGAGCAGGGCGUUGACGUGCUGGUCCCUUCAUGCCCGAAUAAACUGAACUGUUGUGGCUCUAGCCCGACUAGGUGCAGUUGGAUUUACCCAGCCGUCACAGCCCUCUUGCUGGCCCUGCCUCCUGAAACAUGGUACGGUAUCAAAGAUGAGAAGCUUUUGAGCGAAAUGUCAUCUCUUGUAUCGACUGAGAAUCUUCCCAUUUUGCUCCAGGAAGAGGUAUUGCACCUACGACGGCAGAUGUAUCUACUGAAGAAAUGCCAGGAGAAUAAGGUAGAUGAGGAUCUAGGUGAACCUUUAUGUUAGCAUAUUACACCUCCAUUGCUUUCCAAUAGCUUUAGCCCAUUCGUUUUUUUAUAAUCAUUGUAAGUGCACUUUGUAGUCUUAAUUAAGGGUUAAUUUAGUAUUAUUUAAAAAAAAAA